CGUCGCAAAAAAUUGCAUUUCGGCAUCGCGCAGCGCGCUGAGAGUUGCCGACUGCGGAGUUGCGUUAGACCGCGAGCGAAAGAGGGGAAGAAAGAGACGGACAGACAGAGAAACAAUAAAGAAAGGAAAGAGAAAAGAGCGUAAAAACGGUGGAAAACAGAAAAGAGGAGAGAGACAGCCAGAGAAGAAAAGAAAGACAGAGAGGGAGAGGGACCGAUAGAAAAGCGCGGCGACUAUCAGCGUUUGUGCGAACUUCUGUGCGGUAUCGCGCAUUCGCGUGUCACCGUUAGUUACCACCGGUGGCAUUUCCGUCUCGUCUCCGUUUUUCCUUUCUCCUUUCAUUUCCGUCGCGCCGGAUACGCGCGCGAUACGCGCUGGGGACCGCUGCGCCGGAGUGCUUACAGUGCCGAUCAGUGCCGAUCGUCUCCUUCCCGCUGCGGAUCCGGAACCGGCUGUGAGAUACACGCUCGGCAACCAUGGCCAGUGUCUCCUAUCAAAUCGCGAACCUGCUGGAGAAGAUGACGUCCAGCGACAAGGAUUUCAGAUUCAUGGCCACUAAUGAUCUGAUGAGCGAGCUCCAAAAGGAUAGCAUCAAGCUGGACGAUGACUCGGAGCGCAAAGUUGUAAAAAUGCUUCUUAAGUUAUUGGAGGACAAGAAUGGUGAAGUGCAGAAUCUCGCUGUCAAAUGUCUGGGUCCGUUAGUCAAUAAAGUAAAGGACUAUCAAGUGGAAACUAUUGUGGAUGCUCUGUGCACUAACAUGGUAUCGGACAAAGAGCAGCUGCGGGACAUUUCCAGCAUUGGCUUGAAGACUGUUAUUUCCGAGCUUCCUGUGGGUUGUAGUGCGUUAGUCGCAAGCGUUUGUAGACGCAUCACAGGCAAAUUAAGCAGUGCUAUCGAAAAGCAAGAGGACGUAUCUGUACAACUCGAAGCUCUCGACAUUGUCGCUGACUUAUUAUCUCGAUUCGGCGGUCUACUAGUCUCAUUUCACUCCACUAUUCUGGCCGCGUUGCUGCCGCAGCUCUCUUCGCCACGGCAGGCGGUUCGCAAACGCACCAUAGUAGCGCUGAGUCACCUCUUAACGUCCAGCAACAAUUAUUUGUACAACAAAUUGCUGGAUCAUUUACUCGAAGGUCUUCAGACUCAAACUGCAAAGAAUGUCAUACGUACCUACAUUCAGUGUAUCGCUUCUAUCUGCCGUCAAGCGGGUCACAGAUUCGGUGAACAAAUUGAACGCGUCAUGCCUUUGAUCGUUCAAUAUAGCAACGAAGACGAUGACGAGUUGAGGGAAUAUUGUCUGCAAGCGUUCGAAUCUUUUGUUUAUAGAUGUCCGAAAGAAAUUACACCACACAUUAACAAAAUAAUAGAGAUUUGCUUAAUAUAUAUCAUGUAUGAUCCAAAUUACAACUACGACGACGAUAUGAAUGACUUCUCCGAUGGUGAUGGCGGUGUGAUGGAAAUCGAGGAAGAUGGAGAAGAAGAUGCGGAAGACGAGUAUUCCGAUGACGAUGACAUGAGUUGGAAGGUUCGUAGAGCAGCUGCAAAGUGUCUGGAGGCUGUUGUAUCUAGUAGGAGAGAAUUGCUGUCCGAGUUUUAUAAAGGAGUCUCGCCUGCAUUAAUUGCCAGAUUUAAAGAGAGGGAAGAGAACGUUAAGUCGGACAUCUUCCACGCAUACAUCGCCUUAUUGAGGCAAACGAGGCCGGCUACCGGCGUGCCGCUCGAUCCUGACGCGAUGGAGGACGACGACGGGCCCGUGUCUCUGUUGCAGCAGCAAGUGCCGUUGAUAGUGAAAGCGGUCCAUCGUCAGAUGAAGGAAAAGAGCAUUAAAACCCGGCAGGACUGUUUCUCCUUGUUGAAAGAGCUGGUGCUCGUCUUACCUGGCGCUCUGGCUAAUCACAUCCCGGCGCUGAUCCCUGGCAUACAAUAUUCUCUGGGCGACAAGAACUCGUCCUCGAACAUGAAGAUCGACACUCUGGCUUUCGUGCACACGCUACUGGUGACGCACCAGCCGGAAGCGUUCCACGUUCACAUGCCCGUUCUGGCGCCGCCGAUCAUAUUGGCUGUGGGGGAUCCAUUCUACAAAAUCGCCGCCGAGGCGUUGCUCGUGUUGCAGCAGCUCGUGCAAGUGAUCAGACCGCACGAUAAACCUUUCUAUCGCGGGUUCACUUCGCUGUCCAACGAGAUCUAUGACUGUACUUUAACGAGACUGAAAACGGCGGACAUCGAUCAGGAAGUAAAAGAGCGAGCCAUUUCCUGCAUGGGACAGAUCCUCGCACAUUUCGGUGACACGUUGUCGGACAAACUGCACGUGUGCCUGCCAAUCUUCCUGGACAGACUGCGUAACGAGAUUACGAGGCUCACCACAGUCAAGGCUCUAACUUACAUAGCCGCAUCGCCGCUGAGAGUCGAUCUCAAACCGAUCAUGGAAGAAGCAAUACCAAUCCUUGGAUCUUUCUUGAGGAAAAAUCAACGAGCUUUGAAACUUUCUUCUCUCCCUCUUCUGGAUACAUUGGUGUGCAAUUACAGCUCGGCUCUGCAUCCAGAUCUACUUGAUAAAGUUACUGCAGAAUUACCUGCACUAUUGAACGAGUCAGACCUCCACAUUGCGCAAUUAACUCUGAAUCUGCUCACUACUAUCGCGAAGCUACAUCCAGCUGCUCUAACCAGGGUCUCCGAACAUAUCCUGCCAGAAAUACUCGUUUUAGUAAAAUCGCCGCUCCUUCAAGGUAUGGCGUUAAAUUCAAUGCUGGAAUUCUUCCAAGCUUUGGUGCAAGCAAGUCUGCCUGGUCUCGGGUACAGGGAUCUCCUGGCGAUGCUGAUAGUACCUGUCACUCAGUCCGUACUUCACAAGCAGGCUUAUCACUCGCUCGCCAAGUGUGCAGCCGCACUGACAAUCACGUGGCAUGAGGAGGCGCAGUGUAUCGUGCAGCAAUUGCUGCAAGAUGUUCAGAAUCCAACGGAUAUUCAGAAUGUUGCGCAGCACAUAUUCGCACUGUUGGUCAUCGGCGAAAUAGGCAGACACGUGGACCUGAGUGGAAUUGAUUCACUGAAACACACGAUCCUGAAUUCAUUCUCGUCUCAUUCGGAGGAGGUCAAAUCCGCGGCUAGCUACACAUUGGGGAACAUCGCGAUUGGAAAUCUUCCGGAAUACCUGCCUUUCAUACUUCAGGAGAUCGAGGCGCAGCCCAAACGCCAAUAUCUACUUCUGCAUUCGUUGAAGGAAAUUAUUACGUCUCAGUCGGCCAGUCCAUCCGGCGUGUCGCACCUGCAAAGUUUCGUGCCUUCGAUCUGGAUACUUUUGUAUAGGCAUUGCGAGUGCACGGAGGAGGGUACUCGCAACGUUGUCGCCGAAUGUCUCGGCAAAUUGACGUUGAUCGAUCCCGCUACUCUUCUACCGCAACUGCAAGAAUCGCUCAAAUCACCGUCAGCACUUAUGAGAACAACGACUGUUACGGCGGUCAAAUUCACAAUUUCUGACCAGCCACAACCAAUUGACACUAUGUUGAAGCAAUGUAUGGGUAACUUCCUGGUCGCCUUAGAGGAUCCUGAUCUUAAUGUGCGAAGGGUAGCGCUGGUUGCAUUCAAUUCUGCGGCGCACAAUAAACCUAUGCUGAUAAGGGAUCUGCUGGACGUGGUGCUGCCGCAUCUUUACACAGAAACCAAGAUCAAGAAAGAGCUGAUCAGGGAAGUCGAGAUGGGUCCGUUCAAACACACCGUCGACGACGGAUUGGAUCUUCGAAAAGCAGCGUUCGAAUGCAUGUAUACCCUGCUCGAUUCCUGUCUCGACAGACUAGACGUCUUUGAGUUCCUCAAUCAUGUUGAGAAUGGUCUUAGGGAUCAUUACGACAUCAAGAUGCUAACUUAUCUUAUGACCGCACGACUCGCGCAAUUGUGCCCAACUGCAGUUUUGCAAAGGCUGGAGCGGUUAGUUGAACCUCUGAAGAGCACUUGCACGAUGAAAGUAAAGGCGAAUUCAGUGAAGCAGGAGUAUGAAAAGCAAGACGAGUUGAAACGCUCUGCGCUUAGAGCUGUUGCCGCUUUGUUAACUAUUCCAGAUGCAGAUAAAAAUCCAUCGCUGAGCGAAUUCGUCGUUCAAAUUAAGGGCAUGGCGGAGCUGCAGCCGCUGUUCGAGAUCAUCCAGAAGGACUGCACCGGUAGCAACAUGAACGAGACGAACGCGAUGGAUCAAAGCUAAAAGUGUAAUUGAUUUAAUCCUCUUUUUCUUUUUGUAUCUCGUAUAGAACAUCGUUGGCUAAGCGCAUUCGUGAUCACACAUACUCUAUCCAUAGUUUAUUUCUAUAUACAUUAUUUUUUCAUUACUAUAUUCUCGAUUUGAAUGUAGUUUCUAAUGAAUGUGAGUUACUAUAUGUAGCACGCUAUGUAUAAAUUUUAAAAUAAAAUCUGCCGGCAGUAA